UUCACAGCGGGGUUAUCAUGGCACAGCUCGUACAGCAGCCCCCGGCCAAGCGGCUCUGCUGCAGACCGGGCUCCGGCGCGCCGUGCCGGCAGGGCCCGCGGCCCGCCGUCGGGCAGGGCGAGGCGAGCCGCCGCAGGAGCCCCGAGUCUCUCCUGGACAUCGCUGCGAGGAGAGUCGCGGAGAAGUGGCCGUUUCAGAGGGUGGAGGAGCGCUUCGAGCGGAUCCCGGAGCCCGUCCAGAGACGGAUCGUGUACUGGUCGUUUCCGAGGAGUGAACGGGAGAUCUGCAUGUACUCCUCGUUCAGCGUGGGCGCCGAGGAGGAGGCGGGCAGCAGCGGGGACAGCAGCCGGGACAGCGCAGACCCGCCGCGGCUGCCCUUCCGCCGCGGAGUCGCUCUGCUGGAGAGCGACUGCGUGGACAACGUGCUGCAAGUUGGAUUUCACCUCAGCGGAACGAUUCGGGAACCCGCCACAUCUUCCGAGCCAGAGAUGCUGUGCAACGUGAGCGUCAGCUUCGACCGCUGCAAAAUUACGUCAGUGACGUGUAGCUGUGGCAACAAGGACAUUUUCUACUGCGCUCACGUCGUGGCGCUCUCGCUGUAUCGCGUGCGGAAGCCUGAGCAGGUCAAGCUGCGCUUGCCCAUCUCAGAGACUCUAUUCCAAAUGAACAGAGAUCAGCUGCAGAAAUUCAUUCAGUACCUGAUCACGGUGCAUCACACCGAGGUGUUGCCGACGGCGCAGAAGCUGGCGGAUGAAAUCCUGUCGCAGAACUCGGAGAUCAACCAGGUCCAUGGAGCUCCAGAUCCAACGGCAGGGGCGAGUGUGGACGACGAAAACUGUUGGCAUUUGGACGAGGAGCAAGUCCAGGAACAGGUCAAGCUCUUUCUCUCCCAGGGCGGGUACCAUGGCUCGGGAAAGCAGCUCAACUUACUGUUCAGCAAGGUGAGAGAGAUGCUGAAGAUGAGGGACUCAAACGGCGCUCGCAUGUUAACGCUGAUCACAGAGCAGUUCAUGGGUGACCCCAGACUGGCGCUGUGGAGGCAACAGGGGACCGCCAUGACUGACAAGUAUCGGCAGCUGUGGGAUGAACUAGGCGCCCUGUGGAUGUGCAUCGUGCUGAACCCCCACUAUAAACCUGAUCAGAAGGGUUUCUGGCUUCGACAGCUCCGCAGGUGGAACAGUGUGGACGUCUGUCCCUUGGAGGAUGGUAACCAUGGCAGCGAGCUGACCAAUCUGACCAACGCUCUGCCUCAGGGCCCUCCCGGCAACCCAGACUUGUUGACGCGACCUCAUCGGACGGUCUUCACACGAGCCAUCGAGGCCUGCGACCUUCACUGGCAGGACCCCCACCUGCAGCACAUCAUCACCGAGGACCACUACACCAACUACUGUUACCACGACAACCUCGACAGCUCCCUCUUUGAUGCUCGAGGGUGGCCCCUGUGGCACGAGCACGUCCCGACGGCGUGCGCACGAGUGGAGGCCCUGCGAUCACACGGUUACCCCAAAGAAGCACUCAGGCUGGCCAUCGCCAUCAUCAACACACUGCGGAGGCAGCAGCAGAAAGAGCUGGAGCUUUUCCGCACUCACAACAAAGAUCUGCUUCACAGAGGAACGAUGUCCAUCACCAACCUGGAGGGCUGGGUGGGACACCCUCUGGAUCCCAUCGGCACUCUGUUCAGCACCCUGCUGGAGAUGGGGAGGAGCGGUGAGGACGGGGCAGCGCUCGACUUCUCAGGCUCGCUGGCAUCAGGACGGAGGACGGUGAGUCCCAUUCUGACGGCACAGCGCUUCCUGGAAGAAGGCGAGUCGUUGGUGUCGUUGGCCGUGGAGACGGCCCUGAUGGGUUUGGGGCAGCAGAGGGUGAUGCCCGACGGCCUUUACGCCCAGGAGAAGGUGUGUCGCAACGAAGAGCAGCUGCUGGCCAAACUCCAGGAGGUUGAUUUUGAUGACACGCUGGUGAAGAUCUUCCGGAAGCAAGCCACUUUUCUGCUAGAGGCUGGUCCUUACAGCGGUCUCGGGGAAAUACUCUACAGGGAGAGCGUCCCCAUGCACACUUUUGCCAAGUAUCUCUUCACGUCCCUGCUACCUCACGAUGCCGAGCUGGCGUACAAAAUUGCACUGAGAGCCAUGAGGUUGCCGGUCCUCGAGUCCACGGGCCCCUCUGGCGACUUGUCUCGGCCUCACCACAUGAUGUCGGUGGUGCCCAACCGCUAUCCCCGCUGGUUCACCCUGAGCCACAUCGAGAGCCAACAGUGUGAACUGGCAUCCACCAUGCUAACCGCUGCUAAAGGUGAUGCUUGCAAACUACAAACAGUGUUAGAGUCCAUCCAGAAGAACAUCCAUUCAUCCUCCCACAUCUUCAAACUGGCCCAGGACGCCUUUAAAAUUGCCACGCUCAUGGAGAGCCUGCCGGACAUCACGCUGCUCAAAGUCUCUCUGGAGCUGGGCCUCCAGGUGAUGAGGAUGACCCUGUCCACGCUGAACUGGCGGAGGAGAGAGAUGGUUCGCUGGCUCGUCACCUGUGCGACUGAAGUUGGUGUCUUUGCGCUGGACAGCAUCAUGCAGAACUGGUUUACUCUCUUCACCCCAACAGAAGCGACCAGUGUCGUGGCUAGCACCAUCAUGUCCAACAGCACCAUCAUCCGCCUGCAUCUCGACUGCCAUCAGCAGGAGAAAAUUGCCAAAUCUGCUCGCACCCUGGCCCUGCAGUGCGCCAUGAAGGACCCCCAAGACUGUGCCCUCUCGGCGCUGACGCUCUGCGAGAAGGACCACAUUGCCUUCGAAACCGCCCAUCAGAUUGUACUGGAAGCGGCCGCCGCAGGAAUGAACUACACACAGCUGUUUACAAUAGCACGCUACAUGGAGCACCGCGGGUACCCCAUGAGAGCCUACAAAUUAGCGACAUUAGCCAUGACGCACCUAAACCUCAGCUACAACCAAGACACACACCCGGCCAUCAACGAUGUGCUCUGGGCGUGCGCCCUCAGCCACUCGCUGGGGAAGAACGAGCUGGCGGCAGUCAUCCCCCUGGUGGUGAAGAGUGUGAAGUGCGCAACCGUCUUGUCUGACAUUUUGCGGCGGUGCACGUUAACAACACCGGGCAUGGUGGCACUGCACAGCCGCAGGAACUGCGGCAAGCUGAUGUCUCUGGACAAAGCUCCGCUCAGGCAGCUACUGGACGCCACUAUCGGGGCCUACAUAAACACGACGCACUCGCGGCUGACACACAUCAGCCCGCGUCACUACAGCGAGUUCAUCGAGUUCCUUAGUAAAGCCAGAGAGACGUUCCUGAUGGCGCACGACGGACACUUCCAGUUCACACAAUUCAUAGACAACCUGAAACAGAUUUACAAGGGCAAGAAGAAGCUCAUGAUGCUCGUUCGAGAGAGGUUUGGUUGAAACUGAAUCAAAUUACCAAUUCAGUUUGUUCUUUUCUUUAUCCGCUCUAACUUGAAUUGAAAAUCCACUUAAAAACAUCAUUCGUGACAGUCUUACCCAGGUGAUUUGGGAAUGAUGGUAUGAUGUGAAGAAAAUGAUGCCGAUGAAAGGACACAUUGGGGAAUUUCUUUUAAUAAUAAGUGAAGAGUUCCCUGUCGAGGGGGGGGAAAUAGAAACCUUUACGUAAAACCAGAAUCCAGAUGCAUCAAACGGUGUGACUAAAAGGGAGUACAUGCUAUCCUGCUGUUGGUGUCAUCAGCAUGUGCUGAUGACAAACAACCAAACCCCCAAAAAAGAAAGAGACUUAAGAAGUAGUGUGUAGUAGUGUGUCAAAACCUUUUACCUCCAUGAGUUUAUCUUGGCAACGGUGCCAAGUCGCAACAAUUGAUACGUUUGCUGCAUUUUAAUGUGGUAGUCACUAGAUGAGGUCAUGGGACUUGGGACGCUGUCAGAAAACUCAUUUUUGGCAGCAAAAUCUUUGAAACGGCUGUUGUCAGACUGCUCACGAGGAAUGAGGCCAGAUGGUCAAUCCUGAUUCCUAAACCGCCAUCUUCCCCCUCCAACAGGUCAAAAAAUCACACAUAUCCCCACCAUAAUCCUCAACAGGCAUUUAUCACCAGAUUGAAGCUGCCAGUCUAGAUAAUAUUGGGAAAACUAAAAAUGAAAGGAACAAAAUGGACAUAACCAAGAAUCUAACCUCCACUGGCUGUCCCUGUGGGUGGGAGGGGUCAAGCAGCAGCGGGAAGGGUGUUUCCGCUGAACAUUUUUAUGGAGCGUGAACAAAGAUGAUGGACGGAAACAUCCUUAGUUUUGAACUGUUUUUGUGACUGCUGUUGCCAAAAGCAGUCACGGGUUCUCAUCGUCCCCUCCUCUGGAUAUACGUUGUGCCAUCUUGCUUUCUUUAUGGUCAUAUGACCAAUUACAUCACAUCCAAUAUACCAGAUACCAGAGACGUGGACCAGAGACGUGGAAACACCCCCCCCCCCCCAAAAAAAAGUGUAACUGAAACACUUUUGGGCCAAACUGGACUAUCAACACGUCCCAAAAAACUCAAAUGACUAAAAAGGUUUUUCCGACAUUUGAGGGCAAACAAGAGGUCAAACACUCGGAUGAUGCAGAUUCGUAAAACAGCUGGACUUCAAGGAAAUUCAUAGAAAUACAAAAAUACUAACAUUUUGGGAACUAGCCGAUUUCUUCGAUAAGACGGGUUGAAAAACCUUUCUCUGAAACUGAACUUGAUGGCAAAUAAGCCAAAUCCAUGACUCUCCAGAGUGAAGAGGGAUUCUUGCCAUUUUCUUUAGUGAGGACCAAAUCGAAUCUAAUAAAACACCUAACGUAAAAUUAGAAUCACGGCAGAGACUAAAGCUGUGACUACCUGACUACAUUCAGUCAUAUUUGGGUUAAAUUACUCAUUUUCUAAAUUAAAUUAUUUGUAUUUCAUGAUUUUACACCCAUGUUCUGUAUCUGGUCCAGGUUUGGACGUGUAUAUGACCAUGAAGUCUUCAGAGGGAUAAAGCUGGACGUUUGUGUCUCUCUUUUUUACACGUAUCAAAGCGAAGCGUUUCGUCUCACACUCGUCCUCAUCGUCUACUCAGCCUCAACGAGCAGACAAACGGCUUUAAACCAAACAAAGCGUGUGAACUACCAGUACCUCUUCUCCUUAAAGGAUCCAGCUUUACUCCCGACCCGUCUGCUGAAGAGAAAUACAAAUAAAAAAAACCCUCCGAAUCCAAUAUCAGAAUUGAUUUUACUGCCGUCUCCAGGCUUUUGCAGUGUUGUCUCAUAUUCUCCUUGUUCUCAUUUUAGAAACAUUUGUCACAUAAAACUGACAAACUGUUAACGUGCAUUCUCAGGGAUUUCGCUAAAAGAGAAAAAAGAAAAAGCAGAAAAAGAAGCAUUUUAUUGUCCUGUAAAUAUGAAAGUAUAGGUGUGAUUAUUGAAGAAAAUGUAUAUGUUAAUUUAUGACAGAAUAUUCUAUGUAAGGCACAAUAGUUGAGGCUGCAGCGGUUUUGAACACAUAUCAGUGGGACUCUGAAACGUUCACCUUCAUUAAGUCGGAACGGUAACACGCUCUCUCCAAGGAAAAUGGCGAUCCGCCGCCUCCCUCCGCUCGUCGACGAUCCUACAAGCUGUCGGACCUAUGGGUCCCGACUGUCCCACUUCCUCCAGACUUUUAUUUCUCUGCUUUUUCAACAGAUUUUUCACACGAGUUUUUUCUCACAAGAACAGCCUUCUUUCUCGCCUUGUCUUAAUGCUUUAAAAACAACCAAAUGGGAGUCGUGAGAACCAAACUCUUUCCGUCUGCCAGCGGACUCGUGGCAAAGCCUCCUGGUGUCUUUCGUUGUAUCUGGACCGGCUUCAUUCUGUGCUUUAAAAGCUCGUCUCAUCUGUUUUUUCUGUGUUGUUUGUUAGUGGCGGCUUUGUUUGGAAACGAAUGAUGCUCCUUAUUUAUUAUGUUAGGUAAAUGAUUGUACAACCAUGUCAACAUGUUCAUGAAGUUGAGGCUAAGAUUUGAUACACUGAUCGAUUUAUUUAUGUAACUAAAAAUCACUGUUUUGUAAACUUGUUAAUGAAUCAAACACUUUGUUUUUAAUAAAUUAGUUUUUUGA